CCGUGUCGGGCUCAAGAUGGAGGGGGCGCCCUCGCCCCCCGUGCCUCAGAGCAGCGCGGCAGCGCCGGCGUGGGGAUCGACUGCUCGUCCCUCCUUCUGUCCUCUUUUCCUUUAGUCCGUGGCGUGCCGUUACGGGAGCGGUGUGUAGCAGGGGGACGCUUUUUCCUCUGGAUGCCGCAGAACACCCCCCGCGCCUCUCCCUGCCGCGCCGCUGUCCCGGGCAGGGAGGGUGUCCCCAGCCCUGUGGCAGAGGGCGAUGCUCCCCAGGCGGGGAACAGCUUCUCCUCAGUGCUGCCUGCGUGCACUGAGUCCCCAGGCCCGCCGCGGGAGCCGAAGGGCCCUGAGGGGCUCCCUGUGUGUGUCAGGAGCGCUGUGCGGGCAGGUAGUGCCUCCUGGGGGGCUGGGGCUUGGACGUGGAGCUCUGACGAAAGUGUUGAUAGCGACAGGCGACGUUGGAAAACUUUUGCUUAUGUUUGUGGUCCGGUGCUGUCCUUAGACCUGCUACUGGUUUAUCUUCUGUCAUAUCAGGGUGCGAUGUUCUUGUGCUGCCCGUUUGGUAUCGUUGGUAUCUUAUUUAAUCACUGCGACAGGCCUGAAUUUCCUUAUCUCACAACCUUCUCUUCCCACAAGCGAUUCCUUCCUCACCCUGAAAUAUAAUUGCAUUUUAAUAGUUGUGUUGUGUACAUGCCACCCAAUGUGGGGCGUUUCCUCACUUGAAAGCAAGAGGCGUUCCCGUUGCCUGGAUUAGGGGCAAUUAGCAGAUCUGGGGACAGAGUUUGGGCUGUGACAGGCUGCAAGUCGAUCCAGCAGCGGCCGAGGCGAUGCUGGGACCUCAGAGACAUCUGACAGUGAGACAAACACCCAGGGAAAAUCGUGUAAUGCCGUAUCCUCGUAUGAACCUGUGUGCCUGCAAUUGCCAUUAGCUUAAGCUGCAUGAUGAGCUUCUGAAGAUCAAGCCUCUGGUGUGCAUCGUUCCCCAGACCAUUUUAUCAGCGUGACAAUAGUUUGCUAUAUAAGGAGGGUAGUCCGUGAGUAAAUUCAGUAAUAAUAACGAGGCAUUGAGAUGCCCCUGACACAAAGCGUUUAUGAAUCGAACAACAGUGUUCUGUCACGAGUCAAUUUCUUUAAACUGUAUAAAAUCAGUUUCACGGGUAGUCCCACCCUAUGAAUAGAGAGCCUUUCAAGUACUCUUGCUAAACUGAUUUGUUGUAAUAAUCAGCGUUUGUUUUUCAAAAAUGAUAUUCAGCUUUAUGGGUUCCUUGUACUGACGUCUUGGCCACAAAAGGAAGAACUGUUCAGAAGGGUGUUAAAACUAAGACUGUUUAUGUGUGUGAGGGCAAAAACAAGAAACAACUGCAAUCCCAAGGAUCUGUUUUAUCUUCUGUGAUCUCACUGUUUGGCUCCACAUAUUAAUUUCAUUGGCAAGUUUCAUUCAGGUAGUUUGAAUUAAAGACAAUAACAAAGAGAGUGUUAUCAGCAGCAAUGUAGCUUCUCAUAUCUUAAUUUUUAAAGUUCAGUUUCUUUUUCUUUAUAGUUUUUCUUUUGCCCCUUCAGGUGGGAUGAUAACUUUGAUUUGGAUAUUAAAAUACAAUGAUGACUUAAAUAAUAAUUUUCGUUUAUAUUUGUAAUUUAAUAUUUUGAUUUUAGCUUGCUUUCUGUUGGAUAAAAAGUGCUUUGGGACUAAUUUCUCUACGUUUAUUUCAACUGACUUGGUUGAUAGAGGAGGGGGGGAAAACCACAUCCAAAGCCAUAGCAUGAACUCCUCCUAUAGAGGCAGGAUUAUCUGUUCUUUAGCCUCAGGGUUAAUGGCAGUGAAGUGAGAGGGGGACGUGGGGGGUGUUUAUGUGUGAAUGUUAGAGUUUGUAAUAACUGGAAAGAAAUGCAAAACUACAAGAAAAUUAUGGUAAGUUAUAAGCGAACAAGAGAAGCUGAGCUGGCAGCUGUGGGCUGGGAUAGCAGGGCCUGGCUCUGGCUCAGCUCUGUUCCAAACAUCGGGCUGUGCGGAGCUCGCACAGAGCAUCUCUGCCGCGGGUCAGUUCCUGCGUCACAAAGGAGCCUCAGAGCAGAGUUUGGUGCCAUCCUACCAAUGACUGAACGUUAGCAGGUUUCCGAUGCAGUCUGAGUCUGAGAAGUAUGAAGAAGAGAUGCCUUCUCUGCACUGGGGUAUAGAUCCUGUGUUUUCUGCAUUUGCAAGACUCUAUAUUAAAGAUAUUACAGAAAUGAGAGAAUCUGUACAGGUGCCAGGUAUAUUCUUUUAUAAUGGACAUCCAAUAAGACAGGUGGAUGUUGUUGGGACAGUGGUUCAAACGAAGGAGCGAGAUGCCUUUUAUAAUUACGGAGGGCCUUACUCUGCUACCAGAUUCCUUCUGUGGUCAAGUACAGUGGAUGAUAGUACUGGAGUUAUAAAUUGUGUCUGCUGGAAAAAUCCCAUGGUAGCAGAAACACCUUUAUCAGGUCAUCCAAGCACACCCAGCAGUCUCAGUGUGUUUGAACAGCUGAAGAAACUCCAAGAAACAGUAAGCCAGAAAACCAAGCUGGAGAUUGGAGAUGUUGUCAGGGUCAGAGGUCACAUCCGAACCUAUAGGCAACAAAGAGAAAUUCAGGCUUCGUGUUUUUAUAAAGUGGAUGAUCCUGUGUGUGAUAUCCAGAUUUCAAGAAUGCUGGAGCUCCCCUGUCUCUAUAGAGAAGUUUAUGAUAAACCUUUCAAGGGCCCUGAGGAAAUACAGAGUGGCCUGGAGGGUCAGAAUUUCUCAAUCCAUAUGCUGUAUGAGAAAGUGCAAGGCUUCCUAUUAGAAAACAAAAUUCAGACCUUUUACCAGCAGGAGUUGGAGACAGUUGAUUCUCUGGUGUCUCUGAUGGGUGUGCAUCUACCCAGCCCCAGCUGUGAGGAGGUGAAGUCAGAAAAUAGCUCCAAUUCCAAAAGGAUUCACAGUGUUUUUAAGGAAGUAAUAAAGAUGCUACAAGAGAAAGGAGUGGUUUUCCAGAAACCUAGCAGUUCCAAGGACUUAUACUAUGUGACUGACCAUGAUAAGGAGCUGUUUAAAGUGACUCUUGAUGUGAUUAAAGAAGACUGUCGAAAACCCAGGCAUGCUGAAAAAGGCUGCCAUUUCCUUCAUGUGCUGAGCUGUGUUCGGCAGAGCUGCUGCCCAUCUCUGCCUGAAGUGGUGAUGCACCGUGUCUUGGAACUACUGGAGAGUAACAGUGAUGUUGUCAGCACUAUGGAAGGAUAUUUUAUGGUAUUUUAAAGAGAAAAGAUAAGAAAGAGAGGUUGAGAGACUGUGAGAAGCUGUCAUUAGCUGGUAUGAUCUAGAUAGUAGAUAAAAAAGAGCCUUUUGAUUCUCCAAAUGCUAUUUUUGUCCGGCUUCAGAAAAAUUGUUCAAAUACUUGUUUUAAUAUUCUUCCUGACUUCCUUGCUAUUCCUAGUGAAAAUGGUAUCAAACUCAUUCUGGACAGUCUAAUCUAGCAGGGAAAGUGGAAAAGAAACUGUGCUCUUGGAGUAGGAUGAGACAUUGACCAUCCUCACAUCUACAUCCAAGGCCUAAAGAAAAGUCACUGCUAAAGAUCAGUGUUUAGAGCAGUGGUCAUCUCAGGAGAUAUUUUUCUGGCUUAAUGAUGUAUCUUGCUGGGUUUCAUGUGGUAACAGCUGUGGCUCUUUCUUUUUAUGUGAACUUGGUAACACCUAGAGAAAGGACACACAAACAGAAGGAUUUGCCUGUCCUUCCUGGCAGUGCUGGUGCAUCUUUGUCUGUGAAUAUCUGUUCCUCAAUCUGGACAGCUUUCUCACUACUGAAGCAGUCCUCACCAUUCUCUGUAAUUCACCCUCAGGAACGGGGUCCUGCAUCCCCUGCCCAGUGGUUGUCAAGCAUGUCUGCAUUCCUCCGCAUUCCCAUCUGUGCUACUGAUGUCUGUUGUUGCAGUUUCUCUUCAGACCAGAAGUCUCAAAAUCAGCUACUGUUUUGCUGUUUCAGUUGCUUCUUAGAUCACAAAUGGUAAAACAGAAAUUCGAUGCUUUGGAAAAGAAAAUACAGAAGCCAUUGAGAUCCACUGUAAUCUCCUCUGCCAGUUGCUUUUUGUGUCUUUUAUUCUUUGUCACUUUUGUGGUAAAAUACUGCCCAUAUCUGUGCUUGCAGAAGAACACAAGGCAUAGAUGAAACAACGUUGGCCUAAAGAAGGUUACCAUGCAAGAUGUUUGAGCUGGAAUAAUUGUAACUCUGUUAUGUGCAACAGUUAAAAAGCAAAGUUGUUCAAUAUUUAUGCUUAGAGAGGGCUUGCUGCUGCAGGGGCUUGUCUGUUUAAUUAAUCAGUUUAAUUUAUGGUGUGGAGGUGAGACCUUUAACUUGAAAAGAGUACAAAAGAUUGGAUUUAUCCUUUUUUCCUCUGCACCUUCCCUGUAACAGUUGAAACAGCAGACUCCCAGGAGGCAGCUGUAGUGGUAAAGCCCUAUAUAAGGAUUGACAUAGCAGGGAAAAAUAAACCAUAUGCAUGAGGAAAGCCAGUGAGUAGCCCCAUGUGUGCCAGCUCUCUGGUUUUGUUAUAUUAUCUGCCUCACUCCAAGCCCUGGCUGCAGUGAGAUAUAGGCUAAGAGAAAGGCUUGACAAAAUAUUUGGCAUUUGCAUUCAGAGGCCCUGGAAAACUCUGGCCUUAAAGAGACGGUGAGUUUGUUUGUAGUAGAGAACUAUGGAUGAAUCAUUCAUUUGCUGUGUGUUCCCUACUUGCUGCAGGACUCAGUAGUUGCUUUCCUCACAGAUUUCCCUACUCCUCACAUUGCUGCUCUGCUCUGAGUCAGGUACCUUCUAGUCAGAUCUUAAUAUAGGCCCUGAACGGGAGCUGAAGGGAUGUACCUAAGCAGAAGGAAAUAGAAGAGGAUUAAGGAGGAGUUGUAGAAUGUUUGUUCCCCGCUCCGUCCCCACGCCCUAAAUAUCUCUGUAAAUCAGGGAAAGAAGGCAGAUACUGAGUGAAGUGCUACUGAGGCAAAUUGAAACUUUAAUUUAUGCCUCUGAGAAGAUCUGGUUGGCCACUGGGGAGAUUUGCUUUUAAAUUCCUGCUCUUGUUGAUGAGUUUGAAGUGAUGUUUAAAAACAAGGCUAUCUGUGGAAGAACAGGCUUGGAAUAUGGAUUCUUAAAUUAAGAUUCACUUCAGGAAUUGCCCACAGUCAAGAGUACAUAUGGUUAAGUUGCUUAUUUGGCAUGAAUUUGAGAAUAUUUUAAAGGAAAGUAUGAGGUGUUUCAGACCAUGUGGAAGAGCAUGGCAUCUAAUUUACAAGACUGUUUUGGCCAUUUUCUUGAAAUGUUCUGUAUUAGCAGAAGCUUAUUUUGGUGGGAAAGGAUUAAAGGAACAGUGCUAGCUCAAUGGGAAAGGUGAUCUCCUCUCUUAAGUUAGAAGAAAGACCCAGGUUCUCCUGAGGAUGACAGCUGAGUGUGUGGGCUAGAUAAGUUUGGGGAGAAAAAGAGAGUUUGGAGAUCAUGUUGCUCUUUAGAAUCUCUUCAUACCAAAAUAGGAUUACAUCUCCAGCUUUGCAGUUUGUAUACUUACACGUGCAAAUUCUGUUGCCUCCAACUCUGAGGCUGCACUUGCUGUGUUUUAGAUGUAAAGUUUGCCUAAAAUCCCUGUCCACUGAUUUUCUAUGCUUGGAGGUAGAAAGGGCAGACACUUGUAUCUGCAUCAGUCCUGCCCCUGUUGCAGUUUAAAAGCACUGAACAACUGCAAAGCCUCGGAGAUGAGGUGGAAGGAACUUAUCUCAGGAAACACAGGUAAGUUAUACUGGAAAAAACCUGUCCCUGGAAGUUUUUUAGUUGAUCCUUGCUGGGAAUGCUCAACUCUUGUCGUGGAGGGUGUGUUCUGAUGGUGUUUGUUCCCUAAGAACAGGAAAAAAGAGAUUUUUCUCAGAUGAGUUGUCUCAGGGAAGUAAGAUGAAUAAACACGAGGGAGCCUGUAGUUUUUACAAGAGUGAAAGGUUAAGCUGAAGUUAAUGGAGGAGCCUAGAUUUAAGCUACACAGAUUCUGAUUGUCUCUACAGAAUAGUUGUGUCUUAAGCUUGCAUGCUUUAUUUUUUCCACAGGAGCCACCCAGCCCAGGUUAACACUUACUCUGGUUGACUGCAUUCCCUCUUGCACAGGGAGUGCAAGAUGCAUGUGCCUGCACAGCAGUGCCCCAGGAGCUGUGGGAGCACAGAGCUCACUGUAGGCUGAUUUACCCAUUCACUCAGUAUCUCUACAGUGUGCUUCUGUGACAGCAGUCUAGACAUACCCAUGUUGGUAUAAGUCACCUUUAUGUAAGUCAAACUACACACACUAGGGCUUUUACUGCAAAUAAACUGUCUCUCUGUUUAAAGAUCAUAUCCUUAACCAACAGAGUCAUAUCAUGCACACUGUUAAAAUUCUUCGACCACACCUACGAAAUAUUGUGCAGAGCAUUCAAUGAAAGCAUGCUUUCUUGUUUUGUUUAAUUUGAAAACUCAUUAGGCAACACAAUUAUUACUGGUUUAUUAAAGGACUUAGAAGGUGGCACUUUAAAGUAAGACUGACAAGUGAGAAUUCAUGUUGUAGAACUGCUUCAUGGCCAGUUCCAGUUUCCAUAGCAACAGUUACGGCAGUAAAAGGUAGGUGAGGAAAAUGGAAUUUUUAUAAACAGUCAGCAUUUCUACGUUACGUUUAAAAGGUAAGUUUCCAUAGAAAUGCAGCACCUGAGAACAAAAAUUACCUAAGAAUCUCAAUAUUCUAUUAUAGCAAAAUGCACCGUGUUUGCUUUUCUGGUGAGGACACAAAGGAACAGCUUUACCUUCAGUCCCUGUCCUCUGCUUAUGUGAGAGAAGAGAUGAGGUUGCUUCAUACCUCAGUUUCCCCCUUCUGUAAACUGGGAAUAAUACAACUCCCUGUGUACAUCAUAAGCUUUUUUUUUUUUUCUUUUUUUUUUUUUUUUUUUUGUAGUCCUAGUCAUUAAAAGCUCUAUGGGAGCCAUUAGAAAAAAACUGUAUGGCUGUGUGGGAGAGAGUGAAUGGAUAGAUGCUGGAGUGGGACUUAGGAAAAGUCGUUAUUAGUACUAAUAGCUUUGCAUUUUGCUGCCUCUCUUUCCAUGCAUGUUGUUUUGCUUGUCUUGUCAUCUUUGUCUCCAAGGCCUGUGAGGCAAUUAUGGUCUCCUUGUUUUCAUUUGUAUCAUGUUUUUUCUGGAAUCCUGUUUCCUCUUAUGACUUCUUAGAUGACUUCAUAAAAAUGGAAAUCCAGAUCAACGAGUUCUGAGUAUUCUUGUUCUGAAAUCGCUGGGUUGUAAAUUUGGACCCAUGAGGAUGUGCAUUUUACACAACCUGCCUGGGAAAUGAAGCUUUACUUUCAAAAUAAUAAAUGACCAAGUUAAA